GCUGCGGCCGCCAGGGGGUGCCCGGCCGGCGGGGGGGGGCCGGUGCCGGGCGGUGCAGGUGGCUCCGCUUCCGCCGCGCCCGGGGGCGGCUCCGGGGCUCGGUGCGGGAGCGCAGCGGAGGCGCAGGGCUCCGAGGGAUUCAUGCUUCGUGGGCACCUGUAAUCAGCCCAGCCGCAGGAGGGCUCGUGCAAGCUGUGCCUUCGCUGCCGUGAGGAGCUGGUGCCUGCUGCAGUGACUGCCUCAAUGUCAACGGGACCCUUCGGUUUUUAGCCUUGGUGCAGUCAAGGUGUGACCCUGCCUCCUCCCAGCCCAGUGCCAUGGCCGACACGAUUUUUGGCAGCGGGACGGGCCAGUGGGUGUGCCCCAAUGACCGGCAGCUGGCUCUGCGUGCCAAGCUCCAGACAGGCUGGUCAGUGCACACGUUCCAGACGGAGAAGCAGAGGAAGAUGCAGGCUCUGAGCCCGCAGGAACUCGAGGUCAUUCUGGAAGUCAUCCGCAAGGCAGAGAAAUUGGACGUCGUCGAGCAGCAGCGCAUAGGGCGCCUGGUGGAGCGGCUGGAGAACAUGAGAAAGAACGCGAUGGGAAACGGCCUCUCCCAGUGCUUGCUCUGCGGGGAGCUGCUCGGGCUGCUGGGGAGCACCUCGGUCUUCUGUCAGGACUGCAAAAAGAAAGUUUGCACCAAAUGUGGCAUAGAAACCUUUGGAACCCAGAAACGCCCCCUUUGGUUGUGCAAGAUCUGCAGCGAACAGAGAGAGUGGUUUCUAGCGACAGCGAGAGCGACUCGGAGCUCAGUUCCUCCAGCCUGGAUGAGAAACCCUCCUCGCCUGUGGGGUCAAAAGGCUCACAAGCCAGAAAGCAGCAAGCAGGACCGGCACCCAGCGGGGAGCCCAGCCGGCCCGUGGGCAGGGUGCAGGCGAGCACCCACCCCCCUGCCCUCUCGGGGAGCCGCAGCAGCCUGGGCAGCGAGCAGGGGGCUGCCCUCAGCGCCUCCGAGAGCUGCCAGAGCGACCACCCACCAGAGGGGCACAACAGCGACGUCGGCAGCAGAGUCCCUGGCAAACGGUACGUUCACACCAGAACCCGGUGCUGACGGAGGUGAAGAUGGAGCUGCUCGCCUGGAUCCAACACUUGCCCACUCCUGUAGACCUCACUCCAGACAACAACUGCCACCAGCGGGGACUUCUGUGACCACUGGCUCUUGCACAGACAUUAGCAGCACCUGGGGAAGUGCUGGCCCGUCCUCCCCGCCUCGCUGACCUGAUUUCUGGUUUGGUUUGGUUUGGUUCCCAUCCUACCUCUGACAUAUGCUGGGAGAAGGGUGCUGUGCCCUGGGGCCCAGCUGUGUGUCUGUCAGAAGGGGCAAAAUGCUCACUGGGGCUGAAGAAAGGUAUUGUGCUGCCUCUGCUGGCCUUGCCAAACUCAGCCCUCGGUUCUGCUCCUGGCCUGACAGUCCUGGCUUUGAUUUCUUCAGGGGAAAGGGGAAUUCACCCCUGUGCUCCUGAAAUAGGGUGUGAGCACCACAGCCCCUGUAGUGCUUCUCACCCAGCGGUGAUUUUCCGUCUGUGAGCCCCGAGGGUGAGAGCGGGCUCUGAUUUGCACUAGACUCCAUGUGCCUGGGUUGUCACCCCUUGUGUGUCUUGUCCUCGUUGUUCUGGCGUGAGGUGGUGUGGGUCUGGUGGAGGCAUCCUAAAUGAGCUGCUGAAGCUGAGCUCCCUUCCCCUGAGCUAUCCCUCCCAGACAGGGCUGUCUGCUCAGGGAGGCACUUCAGUGAGUACAGAAACACCUGGAGAAGUUUGCAAUGAAUUUUUUAAGUUCUCCUGGCUGCGUGCUGGCCUGUGUGUCCUGCAACGAGGGCGAUGCUUUGGUGUUGGGGUCGUGGGCAGUGUGUGUGCUGCAGCUCGGGGUGGGAGAACGCUCACCAGCCCGCAGCCAGCUGGCUGCCUCCGAUUACCCAAGUCAGCUAAAAGCUUUCCAAUUACUUUAUCUCGUUAAGCUCUGCAGAUUCUCCUCCCACAUGCACACCUUAUAAUCUGUUGCAUGAGCAGGGGCCUGCAUUUUGCCAUUUUCCUGGAAGUCUGGAGCAUCUGGCCGACCGUGAUGGUGUCAUGAUGAGUCAGGCUGUGGAAAGCUCUGUGCCCAAGUCCUGCUUCUUCUCCAGAAUGGGCAAUUUCCCUCCAAGGCCUGGCAGAUGAGAAAAAUCAGAUUAGCUGACAUCUCCAGAGCAAUUAGAUCUUUAGAGGCUUGAACGAAAACGCACGCUAGGCAAGUGGGAGUCUGUGGAUUUUUAUUAAAUGCUUUGGAUCUGACCUGUAUUUUGCUGAAGAAAUGAAGGUUUCCAAAAAGUUCCCUCUGGAGUCGUGGAUUUAAAAGCAAUUCAUGCCUGUUAAUGUCAGCCUGUUCCCUUGGUUAUUACUCUUUUGUUCAGCUCUCCUUUGCUGCUGGGUGCUUUGUGUGCAUGUAGUAUAUGCUCUUACAAAUGGCUGCAGUAAGAAGAUAAAUGAGAUUGGGCGCUGGAAUGCUCUAACAGGAGAUUGGAAAUCAAUCCUUGACUUUCUUUCUAAAUGAACAUGGUCCAACAGAGCACUGCUCCUGUACUGCUUUUCCAGCUAACACACCAUGGCAGGUUGCUGAGAAAAUCCUUCCAGCUCCGUGAUCUGCUUCUGCCCUUUGACAAGUGAAAACAAAGCCUUUGGAUGACGUGGGCUCCUCGAGGUGGCCUGAAGAGAAGCCUCUGAACGUGGUUUUCACACCGCCAGUGUUGAAGAGAGCAAGGGAUGAGCUUGUUCUCCACAGAGGGGUGCUUUUAGUGUUGUGGUCUGCGUUGUUUAAACCUGCCCAUCGAGGCUUUGAUCAGCCCCAUUGCUGAAAGGGGUGAUGCCAAAAUUGUUAGCAGUUUCUGGAAAAUUAAACCCAAAAGGCAGCUUUUCCUGAAGUGCUGGUGUGAUUUCAGAGCUGAAGUCACGCUGUUUCUUCUGAGAGUUGCAGGGUCUUCAAUUUCAGAAGUGUGCUGCCACCAGAAAAAUCCUGUGCUGCCUUAGAGCUUUUGACAGUCCUACUGAGGCUCUCUUGCUCUGUCAUUGCCGCUGUGCCUGAGACAGCCUGGUCUGCCAGCCUAAGUUAAUUCUUCAAAAGAAGAAGGAGAAAGACACUUUAAAAAAAUGACUAUUUUCUUAAAACCUGUUACUUUCUCAUUAAAAAUGCUACACUGAGUUGGAGAGAGUUUUUAAACCUGAACACAUCAUUUCUAGCUCUCCUUGUGUUUCUUAUGAUUCAUUCCUGGACAGUGCAGGCAGGUUAGUCAUAUUUUCACCCUCGUCCUCACUUCUUAGGUCUGUUUACCAAGCUGUGGGUUGCCAGCUCUACACAAGAACCUGUUCAUCUCUGCCGGCUUACUGUGCUGCUUUAAGGCAUGGUUUUGAUUUUUUACAGAGACCAAGUUUUACAAAACAGAUUAAUUUGGGACUGCUAUUUUGUACCAGCAAGACUAGAAGUGAUGCUUUCUUAUGUCUGUAUUUUACCUCCAUGGAGUAAUUCCACCUGAGUUUGAACAGAACCAUCCUGCUGCCUAUGGAAAAACUCCCUGUGGGUCGAGGGAAGUCUCUAGCCACAUUCAAAUGUGAUAGAUAAACGUACUCAGCUCUGCGUGUGUAGUUUCUGUUAAAGCUCUCCUUUCCCUUUGGCGCAUCUCUCUUGGUUGUGUUUUGUAGCUUUGGUUGGAAUAUAAUCCUAAACCUGCACCAGCUGACGGCCUUUUUACUUGGUUCAAGGUGGGCAAGAAGGGCUCAGUCUACUCUGAUCGUUUGUGUUGCUUUUAUUAUUUUGUUGUUCUCAUCUCCGUCCCUUACAACUUUUAUGUAGUGUUUUACUACGGAAAACAAUAAAGCUUUGUCUCUCUAA